AUGGCUGACUCUAGUUACUGUAUGUACACAGUAAAUUCCCCCAUAUUUGGUCUUGACGAUGAUUUAAGCCUGUUCCUGAAUGAAUUUGUUAGUAUUGGAAGUCCACGAUUUUCGGACUUUGCAACUCUGUGGAAGAAAUGGAAAUUCAUUGAACUGAUUUAUGGGCGUCGAACACAAUCUUCUCUUAAAGAUAUUUUAGAAGGCAUCUUCUUCUAUCUUAUCAAGAAUUUUGACGACCUGUCUGACCUGCGAAAGAUUGGUUCAAUCUACACCAUAUAUGCCUUUUUUGGGAAGCAACCCAUCGAAAAACUGGCUAGGGUGAAUGUCACUCCUAGUGCAUGGAGUAUGCUUUCGGCUGCUAUGAAACGUAUCGUCACGGAUCGUCAAUGGGACGCAUACUACAUUUUUCGUCGACUCUGUGUGCAAAGUGCUUUUCGUUUUGUUGCAAACGAGGAGGAGCUGUAUCCUGGUGUUCCGCUUUAUACGAGAUCCAACAUCUCCUUGCCGACCCGCAGAACAUUUCUCACCAAGGCGCAGAGAAAGCUCCUUACUAUUGCCAAUAGGGAAAGGAAUAUGCGAGCGGGUCAGCGAAAUGUGUUGCCUUCUCGGUUCCUUGUAUUCCCAGAACACCUGAGAACUAACUGGGACGCCGUACUUAUGGCUACCAAUAAUUAUAUCGAGGAAAAAGCUAGAGUCAGUAGAGUUCCGGAAACAUCGACCAUCAGGGAUCGCGUUGCAAAUGCUUUGAAGGAAAAUACUUUGUGGAGUUUGAAUUUGGUUAGCUACGAGGAGUCGGUUGCUCCAAUCUCGAAAUUUCUGAAGCAGUUUUCCGACGAAGCGAAUCAGUCUUGUGUAGAUUCUACCGAAGCGGAUGAAGAGGCAGAGCUUAAGCCUAAUGAUAUUGGCAAAAGACGUAGACAGUUGCGUAACGCGAAAAACUGGCCCCCAACGAGACUGAAAAGGCUUUGA